AACCCACAUCUGACGUUAGGUGUGAGAUAGGAAGAGAGUCCGACAGGCUGCAGAAUCUUUUUGUAUUGGAUCUUGAAAGACCUCACAAGUCUCUUUUCAUCUCAAGACACAUCAGGAGAAGACUUUUGCAUUUCAAAUUAAAAAAGCACCUCUGGACGAAGGUGAAAAAUCUCUGAAACUGAUCACAGGAACGUUUUGCUGAAUCUGCCACUCAUUGCUGUUGGGGGCUUAGACUUUAUCACCUUCUCUCCAACUUUGCAGGAACUUUCAAAAACACCUCCAGCUAUUAGGAAGGACAUCAGGCAAUCUACACCUACAACCACAGACCACAGAAUCCCCAGAUGAUCUGCUGUUCUAAUGCUUAUUCUCAGCCAAAAUUUAAAGUGCUCCACACGUAAAGACUAUCCAUAAUUUCCUGGGCUGAGUACAGUUCAAUUAUAUGUCUACCAGUGACUAAAAGCAUUCUGUGAUGCUCUUGAGUGCAGCCAAGUGAAACAAAUGUACAGUAGACUCUUGUCCUAAGACCCUCCAUUCAACAGUUGCAGUUCAUUGUCAGUAUAUGUAAAAUCUAUCACAUUAUAAUCUACAAAGAAGGUAUUGGAUCACAUCAUUGUGAACCAUUGUGGAAAAUUCAAGAUCCUAGUUGCACAUUCUCUCCUUUGUUAUCAUUCCCUGUCAAAGUUGAGUGGAGAAGUGAACUCUGAGUGCUUUUCGACUUACAUGUAAAAGGUGUUAUUCGGGUGUUGUGGUCAUCCUGCAGAAACUAUAUCUUCUCGAAGAUCUUAAACUAUCCAUUUUUUGAUGCUCCUCUAUACUAGGCCCAGACUAUCACAUGGAGAGGGCACUGCCCUGCUGACAAUCAUUCAGUAGCUGUUUUGUGGUCUCCACACUUCCCACAUCUGGAUCUUUCCCAGUCUUCUCUCCACGGGAGGCCCUCUUAUUUGGGAAGAUGAUGGUGAAUGAGAUCCCAGACUUGGCAUCUCCAUCUUCGCUUGGAGUUGUCACAGCCACAUGUGUGUCCAAGGUGGAACUCCGUGUGUGCUGCAAGAACCUGCUGGACAGAGACACACUUAACAAGUCUGACCCAUGUGCGGUUCUUCUUAUGCAGUCUCAAGGCCAGUGGAUGGAGGUGGACAGGACAGAAGUGAUUAAAAGUAACCUCAACCCCGUCUUCUCAAAAGUUUUUACUGUGGACUAUUAUUUUGAGGAAGUCCAGAAGCUGCGGUUUGAGGUGUAUGACAUCCAUGGACAUUGUAGCAUUGGAGCCAGAGAUGAUGACUUCCUCGGAGGAGUGGAGAUCACGCUGGGACAGAUUGUGGCACAGAAGAAGAUUACCAAAGGUCUCUUUUUAAAAUAUGGAAAAUAUGCUGGGAAAUCAACCAUCACGGUAAUUUCCGAGGAGAUUUCAGGGAACAACGGAUAUGUGGAGCUGUCGUUCUGCGCACGGAAACUGGAUGACAAGGAUCUUUUUAGUAAAUCCGAUCCCUUCCUGGAAAUUUAUCGCAUCAAUGAUGACCAAAGCGAGCAGUUAGUUUACAGAACAGAGGUCAUUAAGAACAAUCUAAACCCAGUGUGGGAGCCUUUCAAGGUGUCUCUUAGUUCUCUCUGUUGUUGCGAGGAAAAAAGAAAGCUCCGGUGCCUAGUUUGGGAUUACGACUCUCGUGGAAAACAUGAUUUCAUUGGAGAGUUCUACGCGACCUUUGAAGAAAUGCAGAAAGGAAUCGGUGGAAACAAGGUGCAGUGGGAUUGUGUAAACCCCAAGUACAAGAUUAAAAAAAGGAAUUACAAGAACUCAGGAGUGGUAAUACUGACGGAUCUCAAGAUCCACAGAGUUUAUUCCUUCCUGGACUAUAUUAUGGGCGGAUGCCAGAUACAUUUCACAGUGGCGAUUGACUUCACAGCCUCUAACGGAGAUCCCCGGAAUAGCUGCUCUCUACACUACAUUAAUCCCUACCAGCCCAAUGAGUACCUGAAGGCACUGGUUGCUGUGGGGGAGAUCUGCCAAGACUAUGACAGUGAUAAGAGAUUCUCUGCUCUGGGGUUUGGUGCCCGGAUUCCCCCGAAGUACGAGGUUUCCCAUGAUUUUGCUAUUAACUUCAAUCCUGAUGACGAUGAAUGUGAGGGUAUUCAGGGUAUAGUGGAAUCCUACCAAAACUGCUUACCCAAAAUUCAACUGUACGGACCGACAAAUGUAGCACCUAUCAUUUCAAGGGUGGCACGGCUGGCUUCGGAAGAAGAAAGGACCAAAGAGGCUUCGAAAUAUUACAUUCUGCUGAUUCUCACGGAUGGAGUGGUAACGGACAUGGCUGACACUCGGGAGGCUAUUGUGCGCGCUUCCUACUUACCCAUGUCCAUCAUCAUUGUGGGUGUUGGAAACGCCGAUUUUACAGACAUGCAGAUUUUGGAUGGGGACGAUGGAGUCUUACGAGCACCCAAAGGAGAGCCUGUUCUCCGUGAUAUUGUACAGUUUGUACCAUUCCGGGAAUUCAAAAAUGCCUCUCCUGCUGCCUUAGCAAAGUGUGUCCUUGCCGAGGUCCCCAAGCAGGUGGUAGAGUAUUACAGCUACAAGGUUUUUCCGCCUCGUUGCCCAAAGGUAGAUUCCCCAGACUCUGCGCUCAAUUCCCCCCAAUGAGCCUUGCUUUGCCUUUAUCCCCAUUCCCACCUCCUACAUGCCUCCUUGACUUUUUCACCCAUCCUCUGAAAGAACGAAAUAGUCGCAGCUCACUAGACGCUCCACACCAUCUCAUGUUCCAGGCAGGAGACACUGCCGCUCUUCUGAAGAACCAUCUACAAUCACGAUACAGCAACAAAUUGUUCUGUAGAAUUCCUUCUCCUUCAGUGGAAGGAAGCUCACUCGCAUUUGGGCGAUGGUUUCAUUCAGUCCUUGCAGAUCCUAAAUACAUGGUGGACACAUUUGGUGCUGGGGAACUAAUCUCACUGUAUUUUAUGGCACUAAUGGUACUAAUGGAAUAAAAUAAACACAAGCUUGCCUGGUGAAAACAUCUGCAGUAAAGAAUAUUGUUGGUCUGUGACCUUUGUUGGUCAUUGCCGUUGGCCUGCCAAUAUCCUGAAAAGUUCUUUAAGUUUGCUCUCCUAACGUGAGUCUGAAUGUAACCCACCAGGUAAGGUGAGAGAGGAGAGCAGGACUCCAGGUAUCAUUUAUCACGUAGAACAGACAUUUGCUGAGACCAUGAAGGAUGAGAAAAGCUGUGCGGAUCUCAGCAGUGCUUCGUGGAGGUUGAUAACCAAGGCCGUUUUUUGUCAAUAAAUUACAGUCCCCAUGCAGCAAAGACUGAAUCGAGUCUACAGAAUCGCUCUUCUUACUCUGCUGUACAAGGAAUUUUGUGAUCACAAGUCUACAAAGCAUUCAGACAUCACACAUGCUCAUUUUGAUGUUUGGCUCAUAAAGAAGACAUUUAUCUAUUGUAGCUUUGUGAUAUUUCAUGUAAAAUGCAGUCUGGAGUGUCUUUUGUUAGGCAAAUAUCACACUUCAUUAAAGUUUCAUUUGGCUUUUUCUUUCUCUCUAAGAACGUGAGUGUUCAAAGGUUGCUUAGAUAUCGGAUUUACAAAGCACAUAUUGGCUCAUUAAAAAAUGAAAAACAUUGUUAUCUACAUAGUCAUCGUUAUGGAUCAGUGUGGGGCUGCACUUGUUUUUUUUUUUUAAUUAAAUUCUGUCAGUAUAAUCAGUACAAUAACAGAAGUAAGAGAGGGUAUAGAUGUGCUUGUUUGACCACCAAUAUUCAGCUGGAGGGAUGUGAUCUGUAUUUUAGAUCAAUUUUCAGAUAUGAGGUGUGUGAAUGAACAGCAACAAACGGCAUAAGAGUUUCAUAUUAAUGGUAAGUCCCUAAAAAUGUAUCUAUAGCUAUCUCUGUAGGAGAACAUGCAUAGGCUGCUUGAGAUAUGGUGACAAUCCCAGACGCUAUGAGUCUUUUGAAUACAAAGAGCAGGCUUUGAUCCAUAUUUCAUGCCAAAAAAACCACUAAAGAUAUGAUAGUCUGUUUCUGGUAACAUCUUUCUCUGUAAACUAAAAGGGGCAAUAUAUAACCAACUCCCCUAUAGAUCCUAAUAUUAUAUAUAGUAAGAUGUAUAAACCAGCAAGGAUGGUGUAUGACCACUGGAGACGACGUUACGUGGCAGUUUACGCCCGUUUUUAUUUAUUUAUUCUAUUUGAAUAGCUUCAGUAAGGUUGUAUCUAUUGGUAUUCCUCUGACAGAAUGUGGUUGAGAAUGGGAUGGACAUCACUCUCUGUGUCUAUGGUAUCGUUCUAUUGUUUAAUGCAUGUGCAGGUACCAAGCCUUCAGCACCUGUACUGUUCUAUAGUGAGUAGGAUGGCCCAGCUGGGCACCGCUUAUACUAUGUCUUGGUGCUUCUGUAAGGUCUUGCAUGCUUCUCGUAUCUGUGUCUUAAGAGGAAAUAUCCAAAUAAAGUUAUUCUCUCUCCAA